CUAUUAAUGACUUUAAAUAUAAACACGUGCUUUGUGUUUGACUUUUUCAUCACGACGAACGAUUCCAGCGCAUUAGUCAUACAGCGAGACGACUGUCAAUUAUCGGCCCCUUUAAGAGCGUCUGUCGCUGUCAUUGACGAAAUUUCCUGGUGUGAGGAGUGAGUGUCGCUGUAUAUCAACAAGAGCCUCGAACGGAUGCCAAAUGAUGAUCUGCGGUUCGUAUGUGUUUGUAAUCCACUGGAAAUAACAAUCUGACAGCUCGGGAAAUCUCACGGGUAGAUCAAUGCUUCUCGUCGGGCUCGAGGAACGUGCAAUUGCGGGGGAUUUCGUAGCGAUCUGGUAGCAGGUGCGGUGGCCGAGAGGGUCGCGGCUCGAAUAUUCAUGCUUUCCUUUUAAUGAAACUUAUAUAUGAAUAUCGAACAAGGGCUGUCUCUCGCCAUGUUAAGAUAAAGACACAGAUCUCUGUGUUGAACAUGCUUAAGCGGUUGGAUAAGAUCAGGUUCAGAGGGCCGAAGCGAGAUGAGUUCCUGGACCUUGCCGAGUCCCCCAACGCGUCCGACAGCGAAUGUAACGACGACGUGCCGGUGAAACCGCGGACCCCCAGCAAAGAUGCAGAAGAGCAGCGAGACCCUGCGGGUUCAGGGACUCUCACUAUGUCAGCUGCCAUCCAGGACUACCAGAGGUGCGAAUCGGACCGGCUCAAUGAGGUCAAAGGUCACCUGGAGAUAGCCUUACUGGAAAAGCACUUCCUUCAGGAGGAGCUGCGGAAGCUUCGAGAAGAGACCAACGUUGAGAUGAUGAAGCAAGAGCUCGAAAAAGAGAAGUCGAAAAGAAUCGAUCUCGAGCAAAAAUUGAAUGACAUUCUUAGAUCCAGACUGGAAGACUCACCCCCUCCAACCUCAAAACCACCGGUCACAUCUGUCAAUGGAACAGGAGACAAACAGAAGGAGACCCUACGCUCUCAGUUGUGGAAAUGGCUCUACGAACGCUUUGGGGUUUAUAUAGAAGAUUUCCGCUUUCAGCCUGAAGAAAACACAGUCGAGACCGAAGAACCACUAAGUGCUAAACGAUUAACUGAAAAUAUGAGAAGACUCAAACGGGGUGCUAAACCUGUAACUAACUUCAUGAGGAACCUGUCUGCUUUAUCCAGUUGGCAUUCCGUCUACACGUCAGCCAUCGCCUUUAUUAUCUAUAUGAAUGCUGCCUGGCAUGGCUGGGUUAUCCCCAUGUUUCUAUUUUUAGCCAUUUUGCGGUUGUCCUUGAAUUACCUCAUAGCAAAAGGUUGGAGAAUACAGUGGAGUAUCGUGCCUGAGGUCUCAGAACCAAUGGAACCUCCAAAGGAAGAUCUCACAGUCUCAGAGAAGUUCCAGUUAGUUCUGGAUGUUGCACAGAAAGCACAGAAUCUGUUUGGAAAGAUGUCUGACGUUUUGGAGAAGAUCAAAAACUUGUUCAUGUGGGUGCAGCCUGAAAUCACACAGAAGUUGUAUGUUGGUUUGUGGGUGGCCUUCAUCACGUCCUGUUUCCUGCCGUACAAACUUUUAGGUUUCAUGAUUGGGGUCUACGCUGGUAUCAAAUUCUUCAUCAUCGACUUCAUCUUCAAAAGCUGCCCCAAACUAAGAGACAAAUACGACACGCCUUACAUGGUAUGGACCAAUUUACCCACCGACCCACAACUGAAAGAGCGCAACAGCGCCACACUGAACAGACGGCAGAUCCAGCCUGUUGUAGCGCGUGGUAGUCAAGCAACCGGAUUGCCAUGCGGGAUUGGUCGGGAGGACGAGAGCGGGCGGGCCUACAACACGAAAAGAGGCCCGUUCCAUGAAGUCUUCAACCUCUCGGAGAACGAGCGCCCCCUGUCAGUGUGUGAGAACGGAUGGCGAUGUUGCCUGAUCAACAGGGACAGAAAGAUGCCGACUGACUACAUCCGCAAUGGUGUUCUCUAUGUGACUGAAAAUUACCUUUGUUUUGAGAGCUCCAGCUCCAGGGCUACAUCCUCCAAGAAGAACAAAGUCAUCAAGCUCCUCGACAUCACAGAUAUUCAGAAGUACAAGGUGUUGUCAGUAUUGCCUGGAUCUGGAAUGGGAAUCUCUAUUACCACACCUUCCACUAUAAAGCCUCUUGUGUUUGGUGCCAUGAUACAUCGGGACGAGGCCUUUGAUGCCAUCCAGACCCAGUACAUAAAAAUCCUGAAUCCAACAGCAGCUACGACAGUCACAAACCCAGAAACAUAGGACACAAUCUGACGUAUAAACCCUGGCGUUACUUAGUUCGUAAGUCAACCCUAACCUCAAUGUAGCAUCUAACCCCGACGCGGAGACUAUAGGUGGCUUCCAGAAGUUCUCCGGGAUGCAAGUCAAGAGAUGGACACGUGGAGGAGACACCUCAAAGAAACUGUUUUUCAUAUGCUCUUUUAGAAUAAUUGUGAGUAUUAGGAGGGGUUUUCUAUAUUCUCUCGAAUACGUACUAUAAUCUUACACAAGUGUUUGGGUCUUAUUUUAUAAGGUUAGUGGUUGUACCUCUUGUGUGUCCCGUGAGCUAUAUAACAGCGGAACGCCACUUUAGGAGCUGGUACUCCUUUGAUUCGAUUCAGUAGGUUUUGAUGGAAAUGUCUGUGUGAUUUGUGUGUAGUCAGACCGUGUAACUUGUUGUCUCUGAGCUUACCACAUAGUUUUUUUCUUAAAUGUAUCACUGCUGGCCUUGCACAAAGAAACGCUGAACUUAUUGUAGUGGUGUUGAGAGCUUUUAGAUGUGAUUUAGGGGAGAAAAACAGACUUGGCCUCAUAACUUUGUUCAUACCACACGUGUACUUAGAGGAACAGUUCACCCAAAAACAUUAGAUCACUAACGAACAGUUCUUGGCCACUUUUAACUACCAUAGUUGGAAAACUUCCUUUAUACAUUUCUUUGUUUUGUUGGACAGAAAAGAAGAUAUUUUGGAGAAUGUGGGAAAGCAAACAGUUAUGGGGAACUUUUGACUACCAUUGUUAUUUUUCCUACUAUGGUAGUCAAUGGUGGCAAAGAACUGUUUGGUUAUAAGCAUUCUUCCAAAUAUCUUUCUCUGUGUUCAUCAGAACGAAGAAAUGUAUACAGAUUUGGAACAACUCGAGGGUGAUCAAAUGAUGACAGAAUUUUAGGGUGAACUGUUCGUUUAAUAAUACUCUGUACAGUAAAGAUGCAUAGAGGCAUAGAUUAUAUAUAUUAUGUAUCUUUACUGCACGGGGUAAUUCUCUAAAUAUAAAAAAUCUUCAGUAAUUAGGUUACUUGUGAAAAGAUAAAAGCAAGAUUAUAUUUGACAUGGAAAGUUCACCCAAAAAGCGUUCAUCCUCAUGUUGUCCUAAACUCUUCAACUUUUUUCAAAAUUUUGUCAUUUGAAAAAGAAAAUCAUAGUGGUUUAGCACAUGAUUUUUUCAUUUCGGACAAACGUUCCUUUUAUUUUAAACAAAGCACAAAAUGUCACAGGUCUUACCCAUAAAAUGAAUGUGCACAACGUGUGGAAGACAGUUCAAACUAAGCAGGGAUAAGCUGGCUGUCUUAACAAAUUAAAUUUUAUUCCUUUGUUCCUGUCAUGUCUUCGUUACCCAGAAUGAUAUAAGUAUUCAUCCCCUCAUUGAAUGUGUUACAGCACAGCUUCCUAAUAAUAACAUUAGAUCACUUUAAAGAAACAAGCCACAGGUACAUUUCUCUAGACUCGAGUGUAAUGUAUAAUGACUUUUCUUAAUGUACAUUUUGUGGGGAACUCAAUUCUUUCUUUUGCAUCUUUAACAUUCUAUAGGACUUUUAAAUUGAAUUCUUCUUUAUUUUAACUUUUUACUAUGCAGACCAAAUUAGCUCCUUUAGGAUUUAAAGCUGGUAUUUUCAUACUUAAGGGAGGAGAGCCGUUUUAAUUCUAUUGUCUUCCCAAUAUUAUUUUUUCAAUGUCCCAACUGAUUGAUCUACUAAUGUUAAUGGAUUUCAGAUCUUGUGGUGCGAAAUUGCACUAUAAAUGAGCUUUUCAAUGAUUGAAUCUGUCCAAAAGCCUGGCUACAAUGCGUCUGCCUUAUUCUGCCUUUUAUCUUUCUUUCAAACCAUUUGCCAGUAUGUUUUUGUUCUCCAGAUGUAUUAGGUCUUUAUAUGCUUUUUGGGGUUAGAAACAAGACUUGGAUGCUCUUUACACAGUUGCUAAGUAGCACUUUUGAGCCAGUUUAAUAAGAAUUAUUGAUGAAUGAUUCAUUUUUCCUGCAUAAGAAAAACAUUUGCGAUGAACAUAAACACUGCACCUGGGUUGAUAGUUCAUCUGUUCUUACUUAUUUGCCUUUUUCACAUUCUGCAACUUUGAUUUAAUGCAGUGGAGAAAAACAACCAUCGAUAAGUGUUGUUUGCCAAAUAAGUGUGUAUUGUUGUUUGCUCUGUCCUGACCCUAAACAGUUGCGUUUACAGAAAUUGAAAUUGCUUAAGCGAGUUUGAUCCCUAAAUUAAUGGGGGAAUGAAAACUGGCCUUUUUGCUCGUAAUGAAUGUUUAAAUCCAUUUUCAGCACCUCCAUGUUGAAUGACAUUUUACAAAAUUUCAUGCAUUCUUUUGUUGUGGUUGUUUUGUUUAUCUUUCAAAGUGUGAUUAUUGUUCUCUGGAAGUUAUUAGCAUGAGGUGGGCGGAGUUGUAUUAUUUCUCUGAUGGUACUUCCUCGUUCUUAACCGAUUUUAUUGUUGGAUUUGUUUAGUUUACACAUUGAAUUACAUUUGGUACAGCUGCCCACUGAGCUAGACUUUGCAGAGGCACAACCACUAUGAACUCUUCACAACUGAAACUGCUCAGAUUUGACAAAAGGUCUCAUGUAGUAAUUGUGGCGGGAUGUUUGUUUAUGAAACAUUUGUCUUUACACUGGAUGUACAUGUCUGAUAAAACCUUUCAUGUUUCAGACAUCCCCGGAGAAGAAAUAAACUGUUGGAUUUCUUUGUAA